AUGAAACAGGAAUUUCCGAAUGACUGUAGUCGCACGACCCCUGGUGAAAAAUCGUGGUCCAUCCUGCUUUACGAUCGCUACCCGACAACAUCCACACCACUUAUAACGAGUUUUGCAGGAAGUUUGGCUCGUGCCGGUAAGGUCAAGGCCGCCACCCCCAAGGUCGACAAGCAAGAGAAGCCCAAGCAACCCAAGGGCCGUGCUCGCAAGCGAUUGGUCUACACCCGCCGAUUCGUCAACGUCACAUUGACCGGCGGCAAGCGCAAGAUGAACCCCAAUCCUGGCUCAUAA